AUGUUGGAGAAGCCGAGCCUGCGAGCAGCGAAAUCUUCAUGUACAAGGCCCGCGGGCCAUGGCAAGCCGCAAGAUGACAUUGGGACGUUGCCUGUUCGUGGAUUCGCUGUCAACGGUUCGAGGCCAGGCCAGGCCUGGCCAUCCUGUGGCCCUGUCACCCUGGGCACUAGCGCUGAUGAACCCCCCGGCGGUGUUUCCCCUGGCGAGCGACAUCCGUGCGUGUUCUCCGUCAGGAACGGAACUUGUGGGACAUGA